AUGCAGUUGUUAACUCGUGUCUUCGUCCUUGCUGCUGCUGUAGUCCCAUUCGUUGCUCAGGCAGCACCACUUGCGGCUAGCUCUCCCGAAGAUGUAACCGCAGAACGAUACAUCGUUCAACUCAUACCAGGCGUCGAUAUCGAAUCGGUCGCUGCUCACCAUGAGAAGGUUCGCAGUAUCAGGCGCAGAGAUGAUGUCAACCUGACCGCAAGCAUCGACCAAGAGUACGACUUCGGAGAUUUCAAAGGUUACACAGGAUCGUUUGACCCUGCUGUCAUCGCUGAGUUGGAGGCUUUACCUGAAGUUCUCAUCGUGGAGAGGGACUCCAUGAUGUUCUCAUCUGCUCUCGUAACACAGAACAGCGCAUCAUGGGGUCUUGGACGAAUCUCAUCCAGGAGUAAAGGAGCCACCAGCUACAUCUAUGACUCAACCGCUGGUGCAGGUACCUACUCAUACGUGGUUGAUAGCGGGAUUCGUACAACCCAUGCCGAAUUCGAAGGCCGUGCCUCCUGGGGGUACAACGCCAUCGACACCGUCAAUGCUGACGCCUUCGGUCAUGGCACCUUCGUGGCCGGCGUGAUCGGUGCGAAGACCUACGGUGUUGCUAAAAAGACAAAUCUCAUUGCGGUUAAGGUCUUUUCUGGUGAUGGGGGCGCACCCACAUCCACCGUACUGAGUGGUUUGAACUGGGCAAUGAACGAUAUCAUCACCAAAGGCCGACAGACUUCUGCUGUGAUCAACAUGUCGAUCGGUGGGGGAGCAGAUUCAAUAUUCGACAACGUCGCAACUUCACUAGCUAACCAAGGCAUAUUGCUUGUCGUCUCUGCGGGCAACGAAAACCAGUUGGCGGAGAACUUUUCGCCAUGCCGCUCAUCUGGGGCUCUCUGCGUCGGAAGCAUCGAGUCGAAUGAUUCCCGUUCAUCUUGGUCGAACUACGGGUCUGCCAUAGACAUCUGGGCUCCUGGCGGCGACAUUCUGUCUACAUGGUACACCUCAGAUACAGCCACAUCAACACAGAGUGGUACCUCAGCCUCUGCGCCAUUUGUGGCUGGAUUAGCGUCUUAUAUCCGUGGUCUUGAAGGAUUGUCCAUUGGUCCAGCGGCCAGAGCGAGAAUUCUGGCGUUAGCUACAUAUAUACCUCCAUUGUGCAAAUUUGAUCCAGCGAGUGGACAGUACAUCUGUCCCGACACAACAAAGGAACCCAACCUAGUGGCAUACAAUGGAAAUGGACGCUAA